GCCCAACCACCAAAAAAGUUAAGAGAAGAACAUUCACGACGUUUUCCUCGCAUUCAAUCGUACCCAUCUCUCAACCUAUCAAUCAAUCCCCCCACAAGUCACCUAAUCAUGCUCCAAAGGUCACUAUUGCGAUCAUCAAGAUCGUUUCGAGCUCAAAUACCAUCCCAGAGGACGGCCGUCGCAUCAUCUAUCCGCGCAGCGCCAUCGCCGUUCAUCAGAUCGUCGUCGCUGUACCCAUCGAGCUCGCGAGUAGCGGCGAGAUGGUACUCAGAUGCUACAUCUUCCAGUCAAGAAUCGAAACCUGCAGAGGGCGAAAAAGCGAAGGAAGGUGAGAAUGGGAAGAGUGACGAAGCGGGAUUGUCCGAAGUGGACAAGUUGAAAAAGGAGAUCGAGGCUAAGAACAAGGAGAUUUUGAGCCUGAAGGACUCCUACCUUCGCUCCUUGGCGGACUACCGCAACCUGCAGGACCGGACGGCGCGCGACCGGCAGCAGGCGCACGACUUUGCGCUCCAAAAGUUCGCGCGCGACCUUCUCCCUUCCAUCGACAACCUGACACACGCGCUCAAGUCCGUGCCGGCCGAGCGCCUGGCCGCUCCAGCGGCGGAUGCUUCGCAGAUCCACAACGACCUGACGAACCUACACAAGGGCGUCCAGCUGAUGGAAACGGUGCUGCUGGACGUGCUCAAGAAGCAUGGUCUCACAAAGUACGACCCCGCGGUCGAGGGCGAAAAGUUCGACCCGAACAUCCACGACGCCGUGUUUAUGGCGCCCCAGCCGGACAAGGAGGACGGAACGGUUUUCCACACGCAGAGUCCGGGCUACAUGCUCAACGGCCGCGUGUUGCGGGCUGCGCAGGUGGGCGUGGUGAAGAACUCGUAGAGCGAGCGUUCGCUCAUCCCCGUGCUCAUCUGUCGACGACGUUCAACGAUGGUGUGGACGAUUCUUCCCGUGCAAGGCGAUGUCAAACCCGGGUUUCUCUUCACUGAUUCCGGAAGUCGUAGACGCAAAAAGAGCCCGAGAGGCGACGGAAGAAAGAAUCACAACAAAAAAAACCUAAACACAAAAGCGUGAGGCGUUCUGUUUGCAAAAAGGGGGCAUCUUCUGGCUCGGCAUCUAGACAGCAUGUUUCUCGGAUGAGACUGGCGGUUUUGGCUCAAAACUUCCUUGGUGUGAUCGUACUCUGUGUUAUACAUAAUAUUCCCCUCUCUACUCCCUUUUUUGAUGGAAAGCGAAAAGGCCAAAAUGGUUAUGGCGCGUUAUGGGCCUCCUGUAUAGAUACAUGUAGCGUAGACCGUGCGUAUAUGUGGGUGCACAUAUGUACCGCAGGACCUUCCACAAAUCAAUUAAGCAUCGAAAAGAGACUUCGGAGCUCCGUCGCGAGCCCAUGGUAUCGUUGGCGCAACCCGAAAAAAAACGAUGAAUGUCGCAUCAUCCACGAUGACCACAAAAUAGAAACAAUGAAAACGACAUGAGAAGUGAACUCUCC